UAUAUAAAUACACACAAACACUCGCCUAAAAAAUCUGACUAUCUCCUCCUGGCAAUGUCACAAUUUGGGAGCUUGCCCCUAGAAACUGUGGUUGAUAUCCUUGCAAGAUUAUCAAUCACAUCGCUUGGGCGAUGUAGGUGCGUUUGCAAAUCAUGGCACUCCUUGAUCGCCGACCCUUUCUUCAUCAACAAACAACUCUGUGUUAAUCGCCACGGACGUUAUAUUGACGGUGAUCGUAACCAUUAUUUCUUUCUUGAUUCAAUAUUUCAAAGGGAUUGCAGAAAUUCCUCGUCCCGCCAUGAGCCUUACUUUUAUUCUCGUCAUUCUUUGCAUUGCUUUGAAACCUUUGAAGAGAGUAAGCGACUCCAAUUCCCGACGGACAUUGGGGACUUCAGCAUCCAGAUCAGUUCUUGUAACGGGGUACUAUGCCUCCUUCGCUGUCACGAUCGAGGUUAUUCCUAUACUAUAAUUUUGUGGAACCCUUCGAUUAACAAAUUCAAGAUCCUCCCAAAGCCCGGCGGCCAGUUCGAAACUUCAUCCCCUGUUGAUGUGUCCGUCGGGAUAGGGUUUGUCCCUCGAACAAACGACUACAAGGUGGUGCGCCUUAUGGAUAUGACAAGAAAUUCGGACGUUUUUUAUCGCCCGCAGAUUGAGAUGUACUCCUUGAAUACGGAUUCUUGGACAACAUGGACAGGUACUUAUGAUGUUCAAUGGAGGUUAUGCAGGAAAACUUCCGAUGCAUCCGUCAAUGGAGCCGUCCAUUGGACAGCAAGGAAGACUACUUGGUGUGAUGAUGACGACAAUGGCUCACAAUUGAUCGUUUCGUUCCAUUUGGCGGAUGAGGUUCUGAGAGAAAUAUGUCUGCCCAAAUGUCACUGUGGCCUCCCUAAUCGGAAUCAUGGGUUUAUUUCAGUCAUAUAUGAAAAACUUGCUUUUACCAUUGAUUGUGGAGAUGAAGAUUUGUUUUAUCAGAAAGUCUGGGAAAUAUGGCUAUUGGAGGAUUACAACAACGACAGGGAAUCUUGGACGAGGUUUCGUACCAUAACUAUGGGUCCUACAUGCAGGAACAUGGUACCUGUACAGUUUCUCAACAAUGGUGAAUUUGUCGUCUGCUCAGGGAUGGGCAGAUUGAUCGUAUUUGACCCGAAAACCCAACAAAUUGUUGCUAAGGAAUUGCGUGGCUCGGGAUUCAUCGUGGUUAAUUACACACAGAGUCUUGUUUUGGUUAAUGAAGGAACUGAUGCCCCAAGUACUGAAAUGUCAAGUUUGGCUAAGGAGCUAAAGGAGUUUGUGAUGGGCAAAUGCGUUGCUACUCUCAGGAAAUUCUCUGGACGCAUGCAUCGUUAUAUUACACAGAAUUUAAUAGAGCAUGGAAGAUGACAUGCAUGAUGCAAGAAUAUUACUUUCUCUUCUUCCACAUUUUGUGUGGCGCCCCGUUUUUUUUUCUUCUUCAGAUCUCGUUCCUCCUAGGAAAUCGCGGGAGAAAAGCCUUGAAGAAAUAGAAAGAGUCUAAUGAUCAAGCCCAAGAAGAAAUAGAAAGACCAGAACUGGAGGGACAACAGGAGGAAGUUGAAAGGAAUGUAAGCAAUUGUCAAAUGGCCCUGUUGUGAUUGAACCCAAUGGAAACUUCAGACUUUCUCAAUCGGCAGGUAUUGAACUAGCGGUGGAAUUGAACCCCAAGUAUAUAUAAUCAGGAAAACAAUUUAGAAGCCAAGUAUAUGAAGAGUGCAUGAGUACUUCUAAUUAAUGGAGCUAGCUAUGAUGAUGGAGAAUCUAUUAAUGCUACGCAAGAUCGAGCUACAACAGGACGUAGUGGACAGAGAACUACUACAGUCUACUCUCUCAGUUGGCACUAUUCUGGGCAUCGAUUACACGGACACAGAUGUUAUGAGAAUGAGAAAAAUGAUUGAAACAAGAGGCUAAAGGAGUCCAAUUAUUUCAGAGGAAUAACAGGUUUGCACCACUUCAGAGAAACUAGCUGGACGACAUCGAAACCAUUGUGAGGUUUAUCCUUUAAUACUUUCAGUUAUGAAAAUAAUUUCUUGGACCAUAAGGGGUUCGGGAAGCUUAGUUAAAAAAAAAAGGUUUUCGUCGAAGCUUAUAAAGGAAAGGGAACCUGAUAUUUUAUUAGUCCAGGAAACAAAGACAGAAAAUUUAAAAGUAGUGUUAUCCAAAGGAUGUGGGGUAAUUCUAAUAAAGAGUCUGCUGAAUCUGGAGUUCAAGGGAGUUCAGGGGGGAUUUUAAUGUUCUGAAAGUGCUGUGAUGUUUCUGGUGGUUGGCGCUGUUCAAUAAAUUAGUGCUAGUUGUUUCUAACGUUUUGGAAGUGCUGUGAUGUUUCUGCUGGUUGCUGCUGCAAUAUAGUGGUGCUAGUUGCUACUAAACGACUGGGAUGCAAAGUUUAGUUCAGGAUUGUUAGAACUGUGGUUCAUAUGUUAAGUAUGAAGAGAUACUAAAGAGUUCUAAAAAUAGGCAAGUUGCCUGAACGGAGCGGAGAGGGAGCGAAGCGCAACGAGUGGAGCUGAGCAAAGUGAGGGCAAUUGGCCCAUAGCUGGUCCAGCAGAAAGGGUUGGGGGGUGCGAGGCCAAAUACC